CGUUGGUUUAGGGUCCGCCACAUGCGGCAAACACAGGACUCACUCCAGGUCGCUUCUUUACGCAUUAAAGUGUCUUGGGUUGCUCGUGGUCUACUUUCAGCUUAAACAAAAAUAAAUAGAUAAAAAAGCCAUCAUGAAGUAUUCACAUGUUGUUGUGUGGUUUGCCAUCACCUCUUCAGUCACUGUGUGUGGGAAUAUCGUGUAUCUCCGUAGACAUAGGAACGACUCUGUGGAGUUUUCCUGUGCGCCCACAAAGGUGGACAUCCCACCGUUUGCUUUCAGUCUGGAGCGGGUCUGGGCGCAUCCCAAACAAGUACUGUAUCAGAACCUGAACGUGAAUGCAGUUAUUCACGAUGAAACGGACAAACACAGAAUCUCUGUGCAGAAAGACCGGGCGAUCCUGAGAAAAGCUGUGAGCAUCUCCCACUUGCGAGGAUACGACACCGACAUGUACCUCUGUGUUUUCUAUUACGAGACACCUACAACCUUUUAUAACCACACUGCUGAAACCAAGUUUUUUCUCCACGUCGAAGACCCCGUUCAUGAACCAUGCAGUUGCUAUGACUACAAGCCUUUGAUGUACUCCCUGUUGGCAGCAGCAGGACUGCUCUUUCUUUGUGUGCUGGGCUUCACUGUUGGCUUCUGGAACAAGCCGACCAGCCACCCGAAAGCACGUGCGGUUCCCAUCUACGAGGAGAUGAACGGAGUGAGGCUAGCAAAGGCAAAGCCUGCAAAUCCCAAUCUUUACCUGGCUGAAGAGGACUCAGCAAAUCUGUGCAAGUACACGCAGCCACAGAAGGAGAACCCCUACAUAAACUCACUAGACCCUUCACCUGCGCUCAAUGCUCUGAACUCCUAAUAUCACUAUUAAUCCCUCCAACCCCACCAGUUACCCCACCAGCCUUAUACGCGACUGCAAUAUCCAAACAGAGGCGCAAAACAUCACGCAGCAAUCCAUCCUGAGUGGGUCAGACAGGAAUUGUUGUGACACUGUUUCCUCUAAGCUCUUGUGACAUAUCUUGCGUAAAAGUGCAACAGCUGGACAGGAGGAGGUUUUGGACACGUGUGGUCGGGCACUGCGAGGAAGUUGCGGGGAGGAUGCAGGGGCCCAGCCUCAGCUCAAUGAUGGCAUAGAAACAUGAAGAUGCUUUUCUCUAAAUAUUAAGAAUAUACGUAGAUAUAGAUAAAGAAUGUUUUUUUGGUUUAUAAACGGCUGGACCACUUGUUCAGGGACAUACAAUUGAUGAGUAAGAAAAUCUAUGUCAAUAUUUUGCAUUAGAAGAGGAUACCUGAGUAUGUGUGAAGGAAAACCCAUUUGUAAAAAUUCAGUGACUUUCAUAUCAUUUUCUGUCGACUAUUUACUAGUGAGUACUGUAUUGUUUUUGUUUUUCAUGAAUUGAACAACUUCUGCUAUGACCAUUUAUAGCAUUAUUUAGUAUAGUAUAGUAUAGUAUUAUUUCAGUGUCUUCAAAAUAAUUUGCAAUGGGCACUAAAACUGCUGUAUAAAAUAAAUAAUAAAAUGCAUUAUUUUGAUUGUUGUAUCCAUUAAACAUAUAAUACCCUCUUGGU